AACAUCACUAAUGUGAGUUUGAAACAAAAAAAAAUAUGAAUCAUUCAGUAAAAUAAGUCAACUCUCUAAAGUGUAUCGAACGAUUUUUUUAAGAAACGUUAAUAAUAAUCUAAUUAUUUAUAAUUGCACAAUGAUAAAUUAUUAUACAAUAUUGCAAAUUAGUUUUGCGUUGAUGUGUGUGUACGCUAGCAACGAACAAAAAUGUGAAGUAAUCACAUCAUGGAUUUGUGAAAAUAUUAGUUACAACUUUACCUCAUUUCCGAACGUGAUGAAUCAUCAAACUCAAAGAGACGUUCAUCAUAAGCUAAUAAACUCACAAUAUCACAUGUUGAUGGACACGAAAUGUUCACAACAUAUAAGAUUGUUCAUGUGCUCCGUAUAUAUGCCGAAUUGUAUUGAGAACUAUGAAAAACUGUUGAAACCAUGCCGAUCAUUUUGUCAACGAACAUAUGAUGAAUGUGUGUCAGACUGGAUAGAUUUGGGAUUGGGCUCUGACUGGCCUGCUGAAAUGCAAUGUGAACAAUUUCCAGACGAGACGAUGGAAAUUUGUUUGAAUCCGGAUAAUUCGGAAGAAAUACGGUUAACCAACGAGACACGAACAAACAAGCAUGUACAUGUCAGUGAUAAGAUAUAUUUUGUUUUGAUUUGGAUUAAACUUUGGUCGAUGGUGUGUGUUAUUUGCACCGUAGCUACAUUAACAUCUACUAUUACCAGCAAACAACGAGAUAAACCCAUUAUAUUUCUACAAAUUUGUUCGCUUCUGAUUGCCGUUGGGUUUCUCUUUGGUGGAUAUUUACCGUGCAAUAUUACAUUCAUUGUAAUAUAUUGUUUCGGAAUGGCAUCAUGGAUUUGGUGGGUUAUUUUAUCAUUCACUUGGCUCUUGGAAGCUGGUUUUAAAUGGAGUGAUCAAUCUAUUGACAAGUAUCAACAUUUUUUUCAUUUGGCCUGGCUCAUACCAAUUGCUCAAACAAUUUUAGUUUUUUUCUCCGAAAAUAUUGAUAGUGAUCUAUUCACUGGCAUCUGUUCGGUUGAUACUCUCAGUAUGGAAAAUCAAAAGUUAUUUGUUAUAAUACCAUCGUUUACGUAUUUUUUAUUGGGAAUUGCACUGUUAUCAGCUGGACUUAUUCUACAAGCAAAUGGAACACGUAAGACAACAAGUAUGCGAAGGUUUAAUAUUAGCGUGCUUUAUAUGGUUCCUGCACUGAUUUUCAUCGGAUGUCAACUGUUUGAGUUCAAUAAUGAGCAAUCGAAAACAAAUGUGACUCUUUUUUGGAUAAUUUUAAUGAAACACCUUAUGACAUUUUCAUUUGGAAUUUUAUUCAGUUUUGGUAUUUGGAUUGAAAGAACAUUUAGUUCAUGCCAGCAUUUUCAACCAAAUGCUUUCACAUACGAUCUCAUUUAUACGACUAUUAAUAAUGAUAGUAAGUGAUAAAUCUAUUUUAAU